UGGGCACAGUCGCACAGCAGUUUUUCGGUACAGAGGAUCUUGGCUCCUCGAGCGACUUCACACGAACGAACCACACGUGUAUACAUUUCUCCCAGAUAACCCUGAACAAACCCAACCCUUCGUCUACCUUCGAGCGCUCUCUCUCUCUCUCUCUCUCUCUCUGUGGAAAGCGUAACCGACCAUGGCGUCGAACAACGUUCUGAGAUCGUGCGCCUCCAAGCUCCUGACUUCGACCGAAUCGUUUCUCCCCAGAUCAGCUAACAGAGGGUUUCAUUCAACUGGGGUGAAGAGGAUGGGAGGAGCACAUGCCCAUGGCCACAAUGAGCCAUACUACAUGCAUGCAAAGCACAUGUAUAACUUGGACAGGAUGAAGCACCAGAAGCUGACGAUGUCCCUUGCUGUCCUCACUGCCUUCAGCAUUGGUGCUGGUGUCCCCAUUUUCGCUGUGGUUUUCCAGCAAAAGAAAACUGCUUCUGGGUAAUUCGACCUUAUGAAUCCUCUGUUGCAAUAAGCGAUACCAUUUUUGUAUGCCUCCUGGUAUACUGUGGGUACGGACUUGGUUUGGUUGGUUGAACUGUUUUAAAGCUUUCUUGUAUUUGCUGUCCUUUUUGCUUUCUCUGCUCUAACUUGGAAAUAGUUUCUGGUAUUCAAUUCAAGUGCUAUUACCGCCCCA